AUGUCAUCUAGUACAAGCUCAACCCCCGGUUUCCGAAAUGUGAUCGUAGUCGGUGCAGGUCCUUCGGGUCUUCUCAUGGCCCUACUUUUGGGUAAAAGUGGCAUCCCUGUGACCCUCCUGGACAUGAGCCCCGAGCUCGAUAAGAGCCCUCGAGCAACGCAUUAUGGCUCUCCAGCCAUGUAUGAAUUCAAUAGAGCUGGAGUGGGUGAUGAGAUCCGAGCUCGUGGGUUUCAACCUAAUGGUGUGGCAUGGCGCAAAAUGGACGGAACCCCCAUCGCAAGCAUCCACAAUACUGUGCUUGGAGAAGACCCCCUCCGAAUGACGGUCUUGCCAUUAAGUGACCUCGGCAGACUAUUGAGAGAACAUAUCGGCAAGCACAAAAACGUGGAAGUGCUCUUUGGACACAAGGUCGUAGGUCUCGGUCAAGACGAUGGCCAAGCCUGGGUCGAGGUAGAAACCAGCGAGGGUCCCAAGACUAUGCGAGCUGACUACAUCGUCGGUUGCGAUGGCGCCAAUAGCCAAAUCCGCCGAUCGCUCUUUGGAGAUGCCGAAUUUCCUGGAAGAACCUGGGAUCAGCAAAUUGUAGCCACCAAUACAUAUUACGACUUCGACCAAUUUGGUUGGACGGACUCCAGCUUCAUCGUGCAUCCUGAACAUUAUUUCAUGGCGGCCAAAAUCCAGAAUGAUGGGCUGUGGCGCGUGACUUACGGCGAGACCCCGGGGCUAACUCCAGAGCAAAUGCGCGAGAGGCAGCCAUGGAAGUUCAAAACCAUGCUCCCAGGACACCCUGACCCCAGCCAGUACCGGAUAGUAAACUUCAGUCCUUAUAAAAUUCAUCAACGCUUAGCGAAGAGCAUGCGUGUUGGUCGCUUUCUUCUUGCUGCUGACGCUGCACAUCUUUGCAAUCCAUUUGGCGGACUUGGUUUGACCGGUGGACUUGUUGAUGUCGGAAAUCUCUAUGAUUGCCUCGUUGGGAUGUAUGAGAACAAGGCGGAUCCGUCCAUACUGGACAAGUAUAAUGAGAUAAGAAGGCAAAAGUAUCUGGAAGUCAUCGACGUUGUCUCAAGCUCCAAUAUACGACGCCUGUUUGAAACCGAUCCAGAACGCGCACUCGAAGUUGACCCGUUCUUCCAGGUUAUCAAGAAAGCAGAGACUGACAAGGAUCUUUCUCGUGAGUUGCAACACGCCACAAACAGCAUCAUGCAUGACUUCACCCAGUAUUACAAGAGUUAG